AUUACCACAAGGGUCACACUACCACGAGACCAAAACAAAAACAAACACAACUCUUAGUUAAUUUAAUUAAAUAAAAACAAACCAUGGCUGUGCUACCACCGGAUCCUGUCUUCAGCCUGCGAUCCCCUGACAUGGGAGCUGUGAAUUCGCUGUGUUUCCAGGAAAAUGAGCGCUUGUUGGCGGGAACCCUAAAAGGAAGUGUUUUUCUUUGGGAUUUGCAGACCAACCGCUCCGCCCUGCACUUUGAGGUGGGCUCCGACCCGAUAACCAGUCUGCACCACACGCCCGAUCGUCUGGUGACGCAAGGGAAGGGCGGUACCAUCACCAUGUUCUCUAUUGGCAACGGCAGCUACAUAAAAGAGCGCAGCAUUCCGGGCAACCACCUGGGCUACUGUCGAUCCGUCCUGCACACGAGCACCAGCAACACGAAUGAGCAGCUGCUCUUCUACCCCUGCGAAGAGUCCUCGAUUGGAGUGCUCCACGUAACGGAUGCCACUGCUCCCACCCAGAUGCUAGUGCCGGAUGACCCACAAUUGCCCAAACUAGGCAGUGUCACCUGCUUUAAGCCCUUCGAGUGCGCCUCGCAACUCUUCCUCCUGGCGGGCUACGAAUCCGGACACUUUCUCACCUGGGACAUCAGCUCUGGUGUGAUCGUGGAUGUACUUGAACUAGCUCCAGAUGCCAUGACCGUGGACUAUGACCCUGUCACUAAUCGGGGCAUUGUUGGUGGGCCAACUGAUAAACUGAUUAGUUUCAGCUACCAGCGACCGUCCAUGCAGUUGCAGCGUGGCUCGGAGCUGUGCAUCAAGAAUCCGGGUGUUAAUUGCGUCCGCAUCCGCUCCGAUCAGAAGGUGUUUGCCAGCGCCGGUUGGGAUGGACGCAUACGGAUCUUCUCGUGGAAGAGCCUCCGUCCAUUGGCCGUGCUCACGCAACACAAGCAAGGUGGUGUAAUGGAUUUGGCAUACUCCAGCAAGCCGGUGGCCAUGUGGCGGGCUCCCAUCAUGGCGGCAGCGGGAAUGGACAGCCAAAUAUCACUCUGGGACCUCUACAAUUAAGCAACCACCUUACCUUUUAUGUAAUGGCAUCUGUUUAGAUUCUUUUGACUGCAACGGUUCAGAGAUCCUCUUAGACUAGCUUUACUUUUGGAAGUAUUUUAUAAGAACCUUUGUUCAAUGGCUUCUGUUUAGAAAAUGUUACUGAAUUCGGUUAAUUAUGAAGCCAAUCGCAGGAUUACGGAACAUAUCUUCAGUGCCUGCAACUAGUUUUUGGUAAUACUUUGUACAAUUAAUUUACUUCUGACACUCCCUGGAGGAAAAUGGAUUUGUCUUGAUAAAAUAGAAUGCAUUAAAGUUUAUGUACACACA